GUUUUCCGGUGGCAAUGCAAUCUGUGAGGGUGGGCUUAACAGUUCAACAUAUCACCAUCCGACCCGUUCGCGAGCAAAUUCGCAACAUGUCGUCAUUGGUAUACAACGAUUGUGGGAGGAAUCCUUGGCAAUGAGAUCCAGCCCUUGAGAUCGUCGGAUCCUCCCGCAUGUCUAGCAUGACGAUGUGCGUCCCCUUUUCGUCCGUACCCCGUGGAGGGCCAAGUAGCCGCCAGCAUCCGGAGGCCGAAACGCUAUGACAGCAUAACGCGAAACAAUAAUGAAAUUUCUCAUUGAUGAUAAGAGUAGAGAAUGCCGGUUAGAGGAUAGACAGCUCUUUUCGUUCAGCAACAGUCUCGUCCAUCAUGGCUGCCCCAUAUUCAAACGGCGAGGGGCUCGCCCACACAACAGGUUCGACAACAGAAUCGAAUGGACGACCUAUUAUAUCUCACCAACACACUCAUGGAGCUGGAAUCUACCGGACUGAGUCGGGCAGGGAGACUUAUGCACCGGAUGGCCAUAUAUCCAACCUCCAGAGACAUGCGCCUGAGUCCUCUUCAAGGCAAGCUGGAUACACGGAUGCCAGCCUUUUCUCUGCCCCCCAGCACGAUGAGGUGCCAUUGGAGCCGAUCGAGAAAGUCACUACAUCGAGCUCGAGCGACUCAUCCGAAACUGAAGUCGGAGUGUAUGGCCAACGUGAUGACAAGAAGCGAAGUUCUUCGUCGGGCGAGUUCCCAACCGCACCACUUGAACGUCGAGUUACACAGGCGGAAAUCGACGAUCCCAGCAGGAGAGAACUCCAACGGAUUAUGACGAGCAUGUCGAUGAAGUCGCGAAACAGCACCAUUGCCGAACCUGGUGAUCCGGCUGUGGAUCCUUCGAACGAGGCCUUUGAUCUUUCGAAAUUCUUGAAGAUGUUCAGACGCUACAUGGAGGACGAGGGAACCGAAAUGAAGAAGGUCUCCGUCGUGUACAAGAAUCUGAGCAUCUUCGGUUCUGGUGCUGCGCUGCAGCUUCAACGCACAGUGGCUGAUUUGUUCAUGGCUCCAAUUCGCAUCGGCGAACAUAUCAGUCUCGGCAAAUCGGGUCGCAAACAGAUCCUCCACAGCUUCGAUGGUAUCAUCAAAACUGGAGAGCUUUGUGUUGUACUGGGACGGCCAGGAUCGGGGUGCAGUACCUUGUUGAAGGCACUUACUGGUGAACUACAAGGACUGGAUGUUGACGAUUCGGAAAUCUACUACAACGGCAUUCCACAAAGCAGAAUGAUCAAGGAGUUCAAAGGCGAGACCGUGUACAAUCAGGAGGUUGACAAGCAUUUCCCCCAUCUUACAGUUGGUCAAACGCUUGAAUACGCAGCAGAGAUCAGAACUCCAUCUCACCGACCGAAUGGAGUGUCGCGUCGCGAAUACGCCAAGAACAUGGCGCAAGUCGUCAUGGCUGUUCUUGGACUGAGUCACACCUACAACACCAAAGUUGGUGAUGACUUUGUUCGUGGUGUAUCGGGAGGAGAGAGGAAGCGAGUCAGUGUUGCUGAGAUGCUCCUUGCGGGAGCACCGUUCGCCGCGUGGGACAACUCUACGCGUGGUCUCGACUCAGCGACUGCGUUGAAGUUCGUCAAGUCUUUGAGAAUCGGGUCCGACCUUAUGGGUGGUGCCGCAGCCGUUGCGAUCUACCAAGCCAGUCAGAGCGUUUACGAUUGUUUCGACAAAGCAGCAGUACUUUACGAAGGCCGUCAGAUCUACUUUGGGCCUGCCAACAAGGCACACAGCUUCUUCGAUCGUCAGGGCUGGUACAGUCCUCCACGUCAAACUACAGGCGACUUUUUGACAGCCGUCACAAAUCCCUCCGAGCGGAAAGCGAAGAAGGGCAUGGAGAAUAAGGUGCCUCGAACUCCCGAAGACUUCGAAAAGUACUGGCGCGAUUCGCCCGAGUACAGGAAUUUGAUGAACGAGAUCAAGGAACACGAGCAAGACAACGCACCUGGCGAACGGGGCACCCUUCAACAGCUCCGCGAACAGAAGAACUACGACCAAGCCAAACACGCCCGUCCCAAGUCUCCAUACCUCAUCAGCGUGCCCAUGCAAAUCAAGCUCAACACGAGGCGUGCAUACCAACGUAUCUGGGGUGACAUAGCAUCACCGGCUACACAAGCGGCUCUCCAGGUUGUCGUGUCUCUCAUUGUGGGUUCCAUCUACUUUGGACAUUCACCGGGUACUUCCUCCUUUGCUGGCAGAGGAGCAAUUCUGUUCUUGGCUAUUCUAUUCAACGCCCUCACCACGAUUGGUGAGAUCGGCGGUCUCUACGCCCAACGCCCGAUUGUCGAGAAACACAACUCUUACGCAUUCUAUCAUCCGGCAACAGAAGGCAUCUCUGGUAUUGUUGCUGACAUUCCGGUCAAAUUUGUACAAUGUGGUGUUUUCAACAUCAUUAUUUACUUCCUUGGACAGCUGCGCUAUGAGCCAGGACAGUUCUUCCUGUUCUUCCUUGUGACGUACAUUUCGAUCUUCGUCAUGACGGCAAUCUUCCGGACUACCGCUGCACUGACCAAGACGGCCUCGCAGGCUAUGGCUGGCGCUGGUGUCUUGGUUUUGAUUCUCGUCAUCUACACCGGAUAUGUCAUUCGAGUUCCUGAGAUGCCUGUCUACUUCGGAUGGCUACGAUGGAUUAACCCAAUUCACUACGCUUUUGAAAUCCUCCUCGCCAACGAGUUCCACGGCGUCGACUUCCCUUGUGACAGCUUCAUCCCCUCCGGACCAGGCUACACCACCACUGGCGAGUCUUUCAUCUGCAACAGUCAGGGCGCAGUCGCUGGCGAGACUUUCGUCAACGGAGAUGCCUACCUUAGUGUUGGUUAUACAUAUGCUUGGUCUCACGUGUGGAGAAACUUCGGCAUCCUGUGCGGUUUCCUCAUCUUCUUCAAUAUCAUCUACUUUGUCGCUCUCGAAAUCAACUCCUCCACCAGCAGCACCGCCGAGCGCCUUGUGUUCCAGCGCGGCCAUGUUCCCGCGUACAUGCAGAACAACGACGGUUCCGAUGGAGAGCCCGCCAGCAAAGCUGAGGCCGAAACUGGCGAGACGGACGUCAGUGCCAUUCCGGAGCAAAAGGGCGUCUUCACGUGGCGAGAUGUGGUAUACGAUAUCCAAAUUAAGGGCGAACCUCGACGACUUCUCGAUCAUGUCUCUGGAUUUGUCAAACCUGGUACUUUGACUGCCCUCAUGGGUGUCAGUGGCGCUGGUAAGACAACGCUACUGGAUUCCCUCGCUCAGCGCACAACCAUGGGCGUCAUCACCGGCGACAUGUUUGUGAACGGAAAACCGCUAGACGCGAGUUUCCAGCGAUCAACUGGUUACGUGCAGCAACAGGAUCUUCAUCUCGACACGAGCACUGUACGCGAAGCGCUUCGCUUUAGCGCUGUCCUCCGCCAACCCAAGAACGUCAGCAAGCAGGAGAAAUACGACUACGUCGAAGAAGUAAUCAAGAUGCUGGGUAUGGAAGAGUUCGCAGGUGCCGUCGUCGGUGUCCCUGGCGAAGGUCUCAACGUCGAACAACGAAAGCUCCUCACCAUCGGCGUGGAGCUAGCUGCCAAACCCGCGCUACUACUCUUCCUCGACGAACCCACCUCCGGUCUUGAUUCUCAGAGCUCCUGGUCCAUCGUCUCCUUUCUGCGCAAGCUCGCCUCUGCAGGCCAAGCCAUCCUCUGCACCAUCCACCAGCCCAGCGCCAUCCUGUUCCAGGAAUUCGACCGCCUGCUCUUCCUCGCCAAGGGCGGCAAAACCGUCUACUUUGGUGAAAUUGGAGAGAACUCGCAGACCCUGCUCGACUACUUCCAAACCCAGGGCGCCCGCGACUGCGGCGAGGACGAGAACCCCGCCGAGUACAUGCUGGAGAUUGUCAACAACGGGAAGAACGACCAGGGCAAAGACUGGCACAGCGUGUGGAACGAGAGCGAGGAGUAUAAGACUGUGCAGCGCGACAUCGACCAGAUCCACGAGGAGAAGAGACAUGAGAAUAUCGACACGGCGGGCCAGACGGGCAAUUCGGAGUUUGCGAUGCCGCUUGCUACACAGAUCUGGGAGUGUGUGUUCCGCUCUUUCCAGCAGUAUUGGAGGAUGCCCGGCUACUUUGUCGCGAAGAUGGGGCUUUGCAUUAUGGCGGGCUUGUUCAUCGGGUUCUCGUUCUUCGAUGCGGAUUCCACCCAGGCCGGCAUGCAGACUAUCAUCUUUUCGUGCUUCAUGAUCACCACCAUCUAUACGUCGCUCGUCCAGCAGAUCCACCCGCUCUUCGUCACGCAACGCGCACUAUACGAAGUCCGCGAACGCCCCAGCAAAGCAUACUCCUGGAUCGCCUUCAUGACAGCCAACAUCGUCGUCGAAAUCCCCUACGGCAUCCUCGCCGGCACCCUAGUCUGGGCAUGUUUCUACUUCCCCGUCAUCGGCGCAGGGCAAGAACCGCACCGUCAAGCCCUCAUAUGGAUGUUCUGCGUGCAGCUACUCACCAUAACCUCAACCUUCGCGGCUAUGACCAUCGCCGCGCUCCCCGACGCGCAAACAGCUUCCGGCAUCGUCUCCCUGCUCACGCUCAUGAGCAUCCUGUUCAACGGCGUUCUGCAGUCGCCUAGCAACCUGCCUGGCUUCUGGCUGUUCAUGUACCGCGCGUCGCCGUUCACAUACUGGAUCGGCGGCAUGGUCGGCACGAUGCUCGGCGGACGCGAAGUCGUGUGCAGUGAGUCUGAAAUGCCACCUUUCAACCCACCCUCAGGCCAGACAUGCGGGCAAUACCUCUCCGACUACGCGGCGGCUGCUGGCGGCGAGAUAUACAACCCCAACGCCACCUCGGGAUGCCAGUACUGCCCGCUCAGCAACGCGGACCAGUUCCUCACCUCCAGCAACAUCCACUACGGCGAGCGGUGGAGGAACUUCGGCAUCAUCUUCGCAUAUAUCUGCUUCAAUACCUUCAUGGCACUGUUUACGUACUGGCUGUUCCGCGUCGUGAAGAUCGGCGGGCUGAAGGAUAAGCUGCAUAAGAGCAAGACGGGGGGCAAGGCGGAGGAGGGUGCGGAGAAGGCGGCGGGCAAGGCGGCGAGGGAUGGCGGGCAUCCACCUAACUCGCAUGUGCAGACGGAGAAGGACACGAAUCCGGCGGUGUGAGGUGGGGUUUGUUAGUUUCGUUCCAGUCUUCUUCUUUGACUCUGUUUGUCUGUAUAGAUUUUUUUUUCUGCUGGGUAUAGAUGGCAUAGCGUGCGGUAGGGCUUUUACUUUUGACUUUUAAUACUUAAUAUCCAUCAUUUUUCUUCUUUGUA